AUGCCUGUGAUCAGCGAGAGACCAUACACGGCGGACGACAUCCGCGAUUAUCCGCAAUGCGCGCCACAGCCGCUGAAGAUCAUCCAUGUCGGGGCCGGUGCGUCGGGGCUCCUGUUUGCGCACAAGGCCGAAAAGCUCCUCAAGAACUACGAGUUGAUCUGCUACGACAAGAAUGAUGCGAUCGGGGGGACGUGGUACGAGAACAGAUACCCCGGCUGCGCGUGCGACAUUCCUGCCCACACGUACACGUUUCCGUUUGAGCCGAACCCGGAAUGGAGCGGCUAUUACAGCUACAGCGACGAGAUCCAGACGUACAUGCUCAACUUCGCCAAGAAGUACGGCGUGGAGAAGUACAUUCAGCUGAGCACCGAGGUCGUGGCCGCCACGUGGGACGAGACGCCGUCGAAAUGGACGGUCGAGCUGAAGCGCAGGGACGGCAGCACCUUCACGGACACGUGCGACGUCCUCGUCAACGGCACCGGCACGGUCAACAAGUGGAAGUGGUCGGCCAUCGACGGCCUGCACGACUUUCAGGGCACGCUGGCCCAUUCCGCCAACUGGGAUCGCAGCAUCGACUGGAAGGGCAAGACGGUCGCCGUGAUCGGCACGGGCUCCAGUUCCAUCCAGAUGGUGCCGAAGCUGCAGGAGACGGCGGCCCACGUUACCGUCUUCACCCGCAACCAGACGUACAUCGCCACGCCGUUCGCGCAAACACACGUACACGGAGAAGGAGAAGCAGAGUUCCGCGCCGACCCCGAGUACCUCCUCAACUACCGGCGCGAGGUCGAGCGGUCGAUCGUCAGCCUGUUCCGCGUGUUCCUGCGCGGCACCGAGGAGAGCGCGAUGGCCAAGAAGCACCUCCAGGAGGAUAUGGCCAAGAGGCUGGGCGACCGCGACGACCUCAAGAAGCGCUUCAUCCCGGAGUGGAGCCCCGGGUGUCGCAGGCUGACGCCGGGCGAAGGAUACCUCGAGGCCCGGAUCCAGGACAACAUGACGUGCGUGUUUGACGACAUUGUCAAAGUCACCCCUCAGGGCAUCCUCACCGCCGACGGCACCGAGCGAAAAUGCGACAUCCUCGCCUGUGCCAUGGGUUUCCACGUCGCGUUUCUGCCGCACUUCCGCAUCACGGGCCUCGGCGGCCAAGUCAUGCAGGACCAAGAAACACCCAACGUGUACUCGUCUGUCGCCGCCCCAGGGUUUCCCAACUAUUUCGCCGUCAACGGCCCACGCGGCAACUGGGGCCAGGGCUGCAUCCUGCCCAGCCACGAAGUCCACAUCGGCUACAUGCUGCAGUGUUGCAAGAAGAUGCAGGAGGACGGCGUCCGGUGGGGCGAUGCCCAAGCAGGACGUCACCACCCAGAUGAACCUGUACAUGGAUGCGUGGCAUACCAAGCGCAGCGUCUGGGCCGAGGAUUGCCCGUCGUGACAUUGACACAGGACAACAAAUUAAACGGCCGCGUGUACAUCUGGCCCGGCAGCCUGUUCCACCACAUGAAAUACAUGAAACGGCCGCGGUUCGAGCACUACGAGAUGCAGUAUUGCGAUCCGACCAACGUAUUCGCCUUCCUGGGUAAUGGGCUGACCAUCACCGAGGAGAAGUUCGGCCCCAAGGACUUGCCCGUGCCGUAUAUUCGCCUGAACGAGGACGAGGAAUGGGAUAUCGAGUAG